AUGCAAAAUUUCCAUGACUUCUUGAAUAAAUUGAGAAAUUACUAAGAAAUAGACAUUCCUUGUUAUUAUAGAAAUCAAUUUAAAAGCAAAGAAAGCCUAAUAAUCAAUAGUAAUUUUUAUGAAAUUUCAGAAAAGUAAAUUAUAAAUUUAUAUAAGGCUUUUAACCCAAGAUUACCACAAAAUAAAUAAAAAAUGGGACUAAUAGUGUAAAUAAUUAUUCAUUUUGAUUAUAAUCAAGUAUUUUCAGAUGAAAAAUAAAAAAACUAUUAAUCCCACAUCUGAAGAAUGGAAAGAAUUAACAUGUAUUUUUGGAUUUGAAGAAUAAACUUUAAAAUAAAGAUGGAUAACUUUAAUAAACCCAAUGGCCAAAAGUCUAAUUUGGGAAAAAGAAGAAGACGAUAUCAUAAAGUCAUAGAUGAAGUAUGAAUUAUUAAUUAUUAAUUAACUAGUGUUAAGUAAGGAAAACAUAUUUGGACUGAAAUAGCAUUAGAAUUGUAUAAUCACAAUAAUGGGAUAUAUGUUAGAACUCCAAAAUAAGUUAGAGAAAGAUGGAUGAAUUAUUUGAAUCCUAUUUUGAAAAAGUUUAAUAAAUAUUAUAUUUAUAUUAGAUCAAGCUGGACAGAUAGAGAAGAUAAUUAACUAUUAUCUUUAGUAAUUGAGAAUGGUAAAAAGUGGUCAAUGAUUUCAAAAUAUUUAGAUGGUAGAACUGAAAAUUAAGUGAAAAAUAGGUAUGUUUGUAUACUUAAAUUAUAGAUUUAAAAGUUUACUUCAUAAAAUAUAUUAAGAAUAAGAUGAUGAUGAUAUAGAAGAAUUAAUAGCACUUAAAUAAUAUAUCUCAAAAAGACUCAUAAAGAGUCCGGAUCAGAAAAUCCAAUAACAUACUAAUAUAAUAGAAACUACUACAGAUAAAAAUCAAAAAAUAGUAACACAAAAAUAAAAGAAAUUAGAAAAAGAUGAUGAUAUUCCUAAUUAAUUAAAAAAAACUAAAAUUGAUAUUGAAAAGCAUGAAUAAAAGAAUGCAUUAAAUUAAGAAAAUCAAUAUAUCUAUUUACUUUAAUAAGUUAAUAAUUAAUUUUGCUAUUCAACUUAAGGAAAUUGUGAUACACAAAGUCUAGGAAAUAGAAGCAGUUUAUCAGAUUUGAAUUAUCUUGGAAGUUUUAAGUUCCCAGAAAUUGAUAAUAAUUGUUAUGAAUAAAAUAAAAUAUCUACUAAAAUAUUUCCUGAUUCAUUAAAAAUCUUAGAAUAAUAAUAACUAAACUAAUUUAACAACAAGAUAAAAUAAUAAAAUAAUGAAUUAGAAUCAAAUAAUAUUUCUUAAUCAAAUAUUAAGGACAUUAAUGUACAAGAAUUUUAUAUAGAUCAAUUUCCAAAUCUAUUUGAAUAAAAUCAAUCAGCAUCUAUUAUACAUACUCCUUUAUAUUUUUAUAACCCUUAAUUUAUAGCAAAAUCUCCUCUUUUGAGUCCAUUGCAAUCUCCUUCAUUAUGGAUGCAUUAAUAAGAACAUAUUUUGGAAUAAGAUAAUUAGGUAAUUAAUUUUUAGAUUAUAAGGAUAACCAAUUCUAGUUCUUAAAUAAUUAUGAUCUGAUUUCUAAAUGGAAAAAUAAAAGAAUAUAUGAUAAAUUAAAUAAAGAAGAGUGA